AUGUCUGAAGAAGACUCUAUUCCCCAGGUUGUCAUCGCUAAACCUAAACACCCAAAGUAUACUGAAAUGGUGGAAGAAGCAGUCAAAUAUUUCAACGAGAAGGGAGGCUCUUCUCGACAAGCCAUAACCAAGUACAUCAAAGGAAAGUAUCUGGUCGGUGAGACCGCUAACAAUCAGAUUAAACUUGCGCUGGUCAAAAGUGUCGGUAAAGGACGCCUCGUGCAAACGAAGGGAGCUGGAGCUUCGGGCUCGUUUAAACUUUCAAAGGAAGUGAAAGAAGAGGAGAAGAGAGAAGAGAAGAGACGACUAAAGAAGGAAAAGAAAGCUUUGAAAGAGAAGGAGAACGCUGAACGGGAUAUUGACAACAACAACAAGAAGAAGGCGAGUAAAGUUAAGAAAACCAGUAAGAAACAACCGAAGGAUGUUGACGGCGAAGACAAAGAGAACGAAGAGAAAGGGCGACCAAAGAAAAAGUCCUCAAAUAAAACCAAGGAAAGUACAAGUAAAAAGAAACGUGAGGGUUCUAAGGACACUGCAGUGGAAAAGAAGUCGAAGCCUAAAGCCAAAAAGUCUGCGGUCGCAGAAAGCAGUGAAGGAAUUAUGAAAGCAAAGAAGACCAAGAAACCUGCAGCAAAGCCAAGUGCGAGUAAGACAUCUUCCACGGGCAAAAAAACCAGCGAAAAAGGAAAGGACAAAACAAAAGUUCUGAAGUCUAAGAACACCACGAAAGCGAAACCCAAAAGCAAAAAACAAAUAUGCAAGGAAGAUUAA